AUGGUGGAUUCGGUGACAAAGGAGAGGGACAGAUUGAGUUAUCCUAAGGUUCUAAUUGAAGCUAGGAUGGAUCAACAUUUUCCUGGUUUUAUUGAGUUUGAGAAUGAACAUGGUUUCAAUAUUCAGGUGGGUAUUAAAUAUGAGUGGAAACCUGUGAUUUGUACGCACUGUUCGGGGUUAGGCCACACAGUGGAAGAAUGCAGGAAGAACACUAAAGGUAAACAAGAAUGGAUUGUGAAAGAGGAGAAGAGGCUGAGUGUGAAGAAGAUAGAUGAAGAUUGCUUCAUGGAAGUGUCAAAAGGGAGUAAAGCAACAGCAAGAAAGGGUACAACAGAAGUUGUGAUUGUGGAAAACUCAUUUCAGGUGUUAAAUAUGCAUAAUGAGUUGCAGAAUGAUGAGGUUGGAGUAGUAGGGGACCAAUCCGAAGAGGUUGAUUUUUUUAGCCUCCUUGAGACAAGAGUCAAGGCUCCUAAACUUGGGAACUUGUACUCUAAUGUGUUUGCGGGAUGGUGUUUCUCUUCAAAUAUUGCUUGGCAUGCGGGAGGGAAGAUUGUUAUAGCAUGGAAUCCUUUGAGAUUCAUAGUGGAUAUUAUUACACGCACAAGUCAGCUUAUGCAUCUAAAAGUCAUUACCAUGGAUGGAAUUUUUGAUAGUUAUUUGAAAGUGAUAUAUGCAUCAAACAACAGAAAUGAGAGGAGGGAACUUUGGAAAGAUGUAAUUGAGUUGAACCCAAAGGGGAGGUGGUGUAUGAUGGGGGAUUUCAAUGAGAUCCUCUCUAAGGAAGAGAGAAUUGGGAAUCGAGUUAGAAGCUCUCCUGAUGAAGAGUUUCUAAAUUGUGUGAAUCAAUGCCAAAUGGAGGAUGUGAAGUAUAGUGGUAAUUUUUUUACAUGGUCAAACAAGCAACAUGGAGAAGAUAGAAUUUAUUCUAAAAUUGAUAUAAUCCUAGCUAACCAGGCUUGGUUGAGUUUCUUAUGA